AUGAAAAAUUUCGGAGGAGCCAUCUGGGAAGAACUCCUCUACAAUGAAAUGCGGGAGGAGGAGAGGAAGUGCCUGCAGGAUAUGAUGAUAAACGACAUAUGGUGUGAUGCAGAAUCAAGUGAAGAUGAUCUGCGUAACAAGGGAGAAGUCAACCCGAAUGACUUCAUCUUUACAAAUACACACAGUAACAUUUUUGAAAAUUAUUCAGACCAUGAGACGUAUAACGAGGUCAUAGAUUUGCUCAGGAGGACAGAUGUAGUAGACAAUGUGGGAAGUAAACUUGAGGGGAAUCCCAACUUUGCCAGCGGCGUGCAGGCGGUGGACAUAAAGAACUUUAUGAACUUCGACCCGCUGUUUGUUAAGGUGUACCACGAGAGGGGAACACCCCAGGGGGGAGACAGUACGCGGGAAGCAACGGUAGAGGAGGAGAACGAAACCAACGAAGCCAACGAGGCUGACCAGACGUACCCUGUGGAGGGAGUAGAGCAGAGGAAGGUUAGCAAGGAGAAGAACGUGCGGGUUAGCGCAGACUUUAGUGACGACGAUAUUUACACGCCGAAGGCGCUGAAGAGGAAGAGGGAGGAGGGGGAGAAAGCGAAACGGAAAAAUGAAAACGAAAGCGGUAACGAAAGUGGUAAUCAAAGCGCAAACCAGAGUGACAACCAGAACGGUUUUCGAAAACUCACCCGAGGGGACGCCGUCGAGAAAAGGUCCAACGCUUCGGUGAGGAAAAUCAAGCAGAAGAAAAAAAACCAAAUAUCUGACGCCAAACGUGGCAUCAGCUCCCUCCCGUCGGUGAGGAAAACCACGUGGAAGGGAAAGAAAAGCAGCAUAACCACCACCGACAAGGAGAAGAAAAUAGAGGAUCUGUACUCCCCCAUAAAAACAAAACGCAAGGAGGCCUUUUCCAAUGCAUUCGACAUACUGAUUAAAAGAAAAAACGAAAAGAACGAAGAAGCCAUUAAAGCGUAUAACGAUAUCAGUUCAAAAAGAAGACGAAGUAGAAACCUCUCCGGGAGUUCACAAAGUGAAAGUAAUGAAGAGUCUCACAUGAAUGAUUACCGAAUAGGAUGUCGUCUGGACAGGACAAAUGACAAGAAGGAUGAAAAGAGGAAGAGUCAUAAAAAAAAUGGGGAUGACUUGAAAGAUGGAUGUGAAGACAUUCCAGAGGUAUAUCAACACCUGAUAGAUCAAGGGUUAGAAAUCAACGUUUUACGUUACGCCUUGAGCAUGAAAAUGAGUUCCAACGAACAUGUGAAAGAGUCAGACAUAAUUGGACUGUACGAUAUUAAGAAAAUUAUAAAGGACAAAAUUGUGAAUGCUAUUUUGAGACCUGAUUUAUUUACUGGGUUGAAUAGAGCUGCGAAGGGGAUACUACUGUUUGGUCCCCCAGGGACAGGAAAAACGAUGAUUGCAAAGUGGGUGGCCUCUCACUGUAGAUGCUCAUUCUAUAAUGUAAGUACGUCAUCCCUCUUUAGCAAGUACAUUGGAGAGACGGAAAAAAUCAUAACUUGUCUGUUCAAAUGUGCAGAGGUGGACAACCCAUCUAUUCUCUUUUUUGACGAAAUAGACUCCAUCCUAGGGAUGCGUAAAAAAGACGAAGACGAUACAACUAUAAGGAUAAAAAACCAGCUCCUACAAAUGAUUGAUGGUAUUAAUACGAAGAAGGACGCCGUCAUUGUUAUUAUCGGGGCAACCAAUCGACCAGACAUGAUCGAUGACGCUGCACUGAGGAGGUUCAACAAGAGAGUCUAUAUUCCCCUUCCAGAUUUACAAGCAAGGAAGGAACAAAUACGCUAUAUCAUAACCAAGCACACACAUUCUGGGUUCCAAAUGAGUGAAAGUGAGUUGGACUCCAUUUCGCAUAAGCUACACAAUUGGAAUGGAAGUGACAUCUACCACUUGUGCACAAAGUGUUACGAAUACGUGUAUGAUGAUGCUGUGGAGCAGUACAACGGGAUCGAGAACAUACCAAACACGUCUAUCUUUAGGGCCAUCCGGUACGACGAUUUUAUCAAAGCCAUGUCACAGGUGAAUACCUCCUACAAGUGCGUCUUCGAUUAUGAUGAGUGGAGUCAGAAGCAUGGUGCGCUAUGA